AUGCUUUUCUACUCCCAGUCCACGGACGGAACCGUUUACGUGAAAGACACAGAUGCCUCGACGCUCAUCGUCUCAUCCGACGCGAUCACGGUGUCAAAGGAUGCGGACCUCGGGCUCCAGGGCACGCCGGCGGCCGCGCUCUUGGGGGUGCUCCGUUUGAAGUUGAACAAAUACGUGGUUUUGGCGGAGACUGCGGAGGCCGUGGGGUCAUUCAACGGUGCAAGCUUCUUCCAUGCGCGCACGUUCAAGGUCCUUAAUGUGACGAAUCGCAUGGACGAUGAGGACGAGUUGCACUUUUUGCACCUUCUCAACCUCCACCUCUCGAAGGCCACAUUGUACUUCAGUGAUGCCUAUGACUUGACCAAUUCUUUACAGCGCCAACACGAAAAGGCGGCGGCUGACAGCCGCUUCUUCUGGAACAGACACAUGUGCCAGGACAUUGCGUUCGAGCGCUUUGUGACUCCGUUCAUCUACGGGUAUGUGAAGUUUGUGGAGGCGCAGAUUGGCGGACGCCGUGUCUCGUUUGGACUUGUGACCAGACGCUCGACCAUGCGCGCGGGGACCCGCUACCUCAGACGGGGGAUCGACGACGAGGGCAACGUGGGAAACUUUAACGAGACCGAGCAGAUCCUCCUUGUGGAUGGGAAGCAGUACUCAUACCUCCAGACCAGAGGAUCGGUUCCGGUGUUUUGGUGCGAGGUGAAUAAUAUAAAGUACCGCCCGAACCUCUUUGUCAACAAGGAAGCCUCGCUCGCGCCGGCCAAAAAGCACUUUCAGGAGCAGACCCAGCUCUACGGUAAGAACUACCUCGUGAACUUGGUCGACCAAGAAGGUUACGAGCUUCCGGUCAAGGAGGCAUACGAAGAUGUGGUUGCGCUUUUGGGUGAUGCCCGUCUCCAGUACAUCUACUUCGAUUUCCACCACGAGUGCAGAAAAAUGCAGUGGCACCGCGUAAAGCUCUUGCUCGAGCAGUUGACCGCGUUGGGCUACUCCAACCGCGACUACUUCUCCAGUGAAGGCUCCAAGCAGACUUCUGUUGUCAGAACGAACUGCAUGGACUGUCUCGACCGCACCAACGUUGUCCAGUCCAUGCUUGCGCGCUGGAUCCUCCAGGAGCAGCUCAUCGAAACUGGUGUGGUUGACAAGACUCCAUGGGAGAUUGUGUCCCCGGCGUUUAACCUUGUUUUCCAGAACAUGUGGGCCGACAAUGCGGAUGCGGUUUCGUUCGCUUACUCCGGCACCGGAGCGUUGAAAACGGAUUUCACUAGGACGGGCAGCAGAACCAAGAUCGGUGCCCUCAACGACUUGAGCAACUCCAUCACUCGCUACUACCGUAACAACUUGGAGGAUGGUGAAAGACAGGACGCGUUUGAUAUCGCCUUGGGAAACUUCCACGCCUACGAGUCCGUUGUCUCGCCGUUUGCCGACGCCAGACCGCUGUUUGUACAGGCCGUGCCGAGUCUCAUUGCCGCGUCUUUUAUCGUUACGUUGGCAUCGUUCUUCUACCCACGUGGGGGUGCCGUUUUUGGCGGUCAGAACUUGGUGUUUUUAUUGGGCUCUGUGCUCGUCGGUUUGGGUCUUCUUCAGUACGUCAUCAGCCACGGCUCCCAGUACGUCCAGUGGCCGAAGUUGGUUCCGGUUAAUUUCCUCGCCAAAAAGCCCGUCAGUGGCGGCGUCGAAUUUGUCCGUGGCGACACCGCCAAAACUCCAGAUGACGUAAAAACCACCACAAUAGCCCCAUCGGCAACACCCGUGCCCCGAAAAGCCCCGAUAAUCGUCCAGGCGAACGAGCCUAAAGACUUCCGCGUCACCACGAGCCACAUCUCGCUCCUGGUCAAGAUUGACCUCAUCGGCUGCUUCGGCGACCUCUUUGUCCUCCUAGACGACGUCCAUGAACGACUCCACACCAAUCCAUUUCUCCGGGACCACGAGUUCCUCCGCAGUGAGAACCGCAAGUACCAGCGCAGCCCUAAGACACAGCGCGGCGUUGGCACGAGCCUCCAGGGCAUGGCGCGCGAGUGCACGCGGCGCGGCUACGCAAAACUCGACCGCACGGAUCCGCGAUUCGUAGUGGACUUUAAGGAGGUGGACCGCCGUAUCAACGAGAUGUUUCUCAUGUGCGUUGAGCUGGACAUGGGCACGAGAUUGGAUGCGGUGAUCGAGCUCCCCGACCGAUUCCACGCGGUCAACCAGACCGAGUUCUACAAGCGGAUGGUGGAGACCCACGGAACCCAGGAGAUCUACAGGGAGCUAGCAAAGGCUGUCUCAGGGAUUAAUAAAUCGUUGCUAGAGUCGUCAUUUGCGUGGCGAGAAGAGACGAACAGCUUUAACGAGCCGCAGUUGCGCGGUGUCGCGCGCGACCUCGCACGGCACCUACGGCAUCUCCAGCGCUACACGCGCGCGCUCGCGUACCUUCUUGCGUCGAGCGAGGCCAGUCUGGAAGAUUACCUUUCUCCGCAUGAAUAUAUCCACGCACAGCUUUACCUCUAUCCCUCAAGCGCGGUGGACGACUUUCUCGCGGUAAUAGACGGGGGCAUAGUGGCAAACGUCUGGCCGCUAGCGGAGUUUUUCUUUCCUAAGGUGGAGUACUUUCACAAGCAGCUAGAGGCAAACGAGUUUCUGCCACCAUUGCGAGACCCUGAGUUGGUGGUGUUGCUCACAGAGUUCCGUGAAAAAUCGCUUGACAUCUAUUCCGCAAAAGUGCAAUACACUCAAGCGACAAAGAACCGUGUUAGUUCACGCAUGACCAUUCGCGCUGUGUGGCUCUUUUUCGAGUGUUUGCUUGAUUAUGUCACGGGGCUUGCAGAGUUUGUGUCUGUUUUCUCCACCACCUACGUGGAGUUCUUGGAAGGGUUGACGGAGGAGGAACGAGCAGAGUAUCAGUACUCAGAUGAUGUGGUGGUCGAGACGUGUAAGUAUGCUGCGUUCAUGGUGGACUACGACUGGAUUCUAUCGGUGAUGCGCGAGCUCCGGCGCACAACGAUAGACUCGUUGGGAGUGCAAGGGGUACAGGGCACGCUGCGCAACGCGUAUUGUGAUGCCUGGCUUGCGGCAAAACAUUUGCCAGUGCCGGUGUUUGACAAUCUCGAGUCGAUGGAGUGUGACCCCCGCGCGCUUCUGCCGCGUUACUCCGAGACUACCAGGGGGCUUUUCAAGUAUAGUGCGUAUUUGGCGUCGGAAGUGAAACCGCCCGGCUGUCAGGAUAUCAGGGUGGAAUAGAUGGAGGUUAGAGGGAUAAAGGAUAAGAGUUGUACAGUAUAAGGACGAUAGGAUAAAGUGGGCAUAAGGAUAAAGUGGGCAUAAAGAUAAAGUGGACUUUUGGCCCGAAGGAAGUGUUAUGGGAUACUGAGCAUUUGAAUAAGAAUGAUUUAUCUAUCGUGUAGCUGAGAAAAUGGAGGUGGAAAUUUUGCAUAGAUAUUUUGGAGAGAGGUUUGUGCGGGUUUUGGUAUAGACAUGUUAUGGGUGGGCAAGUACAAGAGGUAGAUAAUCUUGUAGGGAUAACCACAGUGAUCUGGAAGUAUAAAGAUCCAAAGUAUAAAGAUCCAAAGUAUAAAGAUCCGAGGUAUAAAAUCCAAAGUACAAAGAUCUGAAGCAUAAAAUCCGAAUUAUAUAGAUCAAAUGUAUAAAGAUC